CGGUGGCCGGGACCGGGAGGUCUGCCUCGCGCCCGCCGGGCGGGGAGCCAGGGAGCGUCGCAAGUUUCCGAGCCGCGUGCGUGGACCCGGCGAGCGGGCGAGCCGCGCGUGCAGCAGCGCCCCGGGCCAGGCCGGUCGCCGGAAGCAUGGGCAGCGACCGGAGCGCGCCCGGACGGCCGGGCUGGGCGGGCAGUCUCCUUAGCGGCCGGGAGGCGGCUGCGCGGCCGCGACUGCUGCCGCUGCUGCUGGUGCUUCUGGGCUGCCUGGGCCGCGGCGCAGCGGCGGAGGACGCAGAAGUCAAUGCCGAGAACUGGCUGCGGCUCUAUGGCUACCUGCCCCAGCCCAGCCGCCACAUGUCCACCAUGCGCUCCGCCCAGAUCCUGGCCUCGGCCCUCGCCGAGAUGCAGCGCUUCUACGGGAUCCCCAUCACGGGUGUGCUGGACGAAGAGACCAAGGCGUGGAUGAAGCGGCCCCGCUGUGGAGUACCAGACCAGUUCGGGGUACGCGUGAAAGCCAAUCUGCGGCGGCGGAAGCGCUAUGCCCUCACCGGGAGGAAGUGGAACAACCACCACCUGACCUUCAGCAUCCAGAACUACACGGAGAAGCUGGGCUGGUACCACUCGCUGGAGGCGGUGCGUCGGGCCUUCCGCGUGUGGGAGCAGGCCACGCCCCUGGUCUUCCAGGAGGUACCCUAUGAGGACAUCCGGCUGCGGCGGCAGAAGGAGGCCGACAUCAUGGUACUCUUUGCCUCUGGCUUCCACGGCGACAGCUCACCGUUUGAUGGCACAGGUGGCUUUCUGGCCCACGCCUAUUUCCCUGGCCCUGGUCUGGGCGGGGACACCCAUUUCGAUGCAGAUGAGCCCUGGACCUUCUCCAGCACUGACCUGCAUGGGAACAGUCUCUUCCUGGUAGCAGUGCAUGAGCUGGGCCAUGCCCUGGGGCUGGAGCACUCAAGCAACCCCAGCGCCAUCAUGGCACCAUUCUACCAGUGGAUGGACAUUGACAACUUCCAGCUGCCCGAGGACGACCUCCGGGGCAUCCAGCAGCUGUACGGCACCCCAGAUGGCCAGCCACAGCCCACCCGGCCUCUUCCCACUGUGACCCCCCGGCGGCCAGGCCGGCCAGACCACCGGCCCCCCAGACCCCCUCAGCUACCUCCCCCAGGCGGGAAGCCGGAGCAGCCCCCAAAGCCAGGCCCCCCAGCCCAGCCUCGAGCCACGGAGCGGCCCGACCAGUAUGGCCCCAACAUCUGCGACGGGGACUUUGACACAGUGGCCGUGCUGCGUGGGGAGAUGUUCGUGUUCAAGGGCCGCUGGUUCUGGCGGGUCCGGCACAACCGGGUCCUUGACAACUACCCCAUGCCCAUCGGGCACUUCUGGCGUGGUCUGCCCAGUGACAUCAGUGCUGCCUACGAGCGCCAAGAUGGGCGUUUUGUCUUUUUCAAAGGUGGCCGCUACUGGCUCUUCCGAGAAGCGAACCUGGAGCCUGGCUACCCACAGCCACUGACUAGCUACGGCCUGGGUAUCCCCUACGACCGCAUUGACACAGCCAUCUGGUGGGAGCCCACAGGUCACACCUUCUUUUUCCAAGAGGACAGGUAUUGGCGUUUCAAUGAGGACACGCAGCGUGGAGACCCCGGCUAUCCCAAGCCCAUCAGCGUGUGGCAGGGGAUCCCCACCUCCCCUAAAGGGGCCUUCCUGAGCAACGAUGCAGCCUACACCUACUUCUACAAGGGCACCAAAUACUGGAAGUUUGACAACGAGCGCCUGCGAAUGGAGCCCGGCUACCCCAAGUCCAUCCUGCGGGACUUCAUGGGCUGCCAAGAGCACGUGGAGCCGGGGCCCCGAUGGCCUGACGUGGCCCGUCCGCCCUUCAACCCUGACGGGGGUGCAGAGCCCGGGGCGGGCGGUGACAGUGAGGAGGGCAACGAGGGCCACGAGGCGGGCCCCGGCAGCAAAGAGGGGGACUUCGGGGAGGGGACGGACGAGGACGGGGGCAGCCGCGUGGUGGUGCAGAUGGAGGAGGUCACUCGGACGGUGAACAUGGUGAUGGUGCUGGUGCCGCCGAUGCUGUUGCUGCUCUGCAUCCUGGGCCUCACCUACGCGCUGGUGCAGAUGCAGCGCAAGGGCGCGCCCCGCAUGCUCCUCUACUGCAAGCGCUCCCUGCAGGAGUGGGUCUGACCCUCCGCACCAGCCCGUCCUGCUCCUCACGGUGCUAAGGGGCCGGGCUGGCUGCGCCUGUGGUUCUGAGACAGCUCCUGGGGCCUUUCAUCCAGAGCCUUCAGUGGUUCCCUCAGCCCCUGGGUGGGGGCCCCUCCAGGCCCUCUAACAUCCCUGCCAGGCCUGUUCCCUUGUUUAUUUAUGCCCAGGUAUCUUUUUUUUUUUUUUUUUUUGCACACUAAUUGAGCAUUUCUUCCUACUUUCCUGACCAGGGCGGUCCCUCAGGGCAGGGGGUUAGAGUUUUCUAAAAGUAGUUCUGCACCAGACAGGGAAUUAGGCUCCCACCCGCUCUGGCUUAGCCAGAGGAGCAGAGGGUCAGAAGGCCCGGCUGGAAGAGUGGCCAAAGGACUGCUGGGCUGUGCUUCAGCCUGAGCACCAGGGCCAGAACCGAGGGCUCUGCUGGCUUUGGAGCUUGGUGGGGCCUAACUGGUCUCCAGCCCUCUGAGUCUCUGUGGUCUUAGAAAGAGCUUUCACCCGGUGGCAGCCCCAGGCCAGAGGGGGCAGAGGGGGAGGUGGCCCGCUGAUUGUGUCCUGUUGAGGUCUGGUUCCUUCCCACCCACCUCUGACAACUCCAGCAGCCUGGUUCCCUGUGCCUAAGAACCUACCCUGCCCUGGCCAGCAAAGGGCCAACAGCCCCCAGCUCCCCUGGACCCCUUGAGCCCACACCCCCUUCCCUCUCUGGAGAAGGGGCCCUGGGCCUGCCUUACCAAGGACCAAAGGGGGUCUGCCGAGGCCCCUUCCCCAAGGGUAGCACCAGCCUCGGCCCCAGGCUGGGUCUCCACCCCCGCCCACUUUCUCCUCUCUGAGCCGUGACCCUUCCGUGAGCCUCCUCCCUCCCUCUGUCACCCACACCACCAUCCUCAGAGGUCUCAGAACCCCAGCAGCCUCAGGCUCAGCUGCCAGUGUCCUGGCUCUCCCGGGGAGAGACGGGCGGAUGGGCGCCCAGGCUGGCACAGUAGGUGUCCACAAACACGUGCCCACCAGCCUGGGGGUGUUCCUCCCUGCCAGCUCCCUGUCCCCCAGGGGCACUGGUAGGGAGAGGCCAGCUGCUCAUCCCCUCACACAGGCUGUGGGACAGGGCUGUGGAGCCCCCAGAAGAGCCCACUAGUGGUAGCCUGGAGAUCCUCCCCGUCCUGGGCUCGGCCCUGAGCGUGGAGAUGAUUCCUCCCUCUUUUCCUUCCCAAAGUAAGCAGGAGGCGAGGCUGCUGUGGGAAAUGGUACUGUACAGCCGGCUCUGUCCCCUCUGCUUCCCUGCAGCCCUGAGCAAGCAGGUCUGCCGCCCAGAAUCCCUGAGGCCCCUGCGGGGAGGGGCUCCUCAUGGGCUGGCCCCGGUGCGGGUCCAGCAGCUUCCUCCCCGCUCCAUCCUCAGAACCACCGGUGAGCCAGCCAAGGGGGGUGGGGAGGGAGGGGGUCAGUGUCCACCCCCAUACGUUUCUUUCUGUAAAUAAUCUGCACUGAUUAAA